GCAUAUUAAUAUUUGAGUUAGUAUAUAGUAUACAUUAAUUGGGUAGCUCUUUGUGUAUAGAAAGAAAUUAAAGGGUAAAAAGAUGAAGCCAAUUAUUUUUUUUCUAUUUAUAAUUAGUGUUAUGUUUUUGGGGAUUUGCAAUGCAGAUAAUAAAAAGCUGAAGAUGAAUUAUUAUCACAAAAGUUGCCCUUCAGUUGAAAAGAUUGUUAAGGAAAUAACAUGGAGCAAAGUUGCUGCUGAUCCAACCUUGGCUGCAAAGCUACUUCGACUUCACUAUCAUGACUGUUUUGUCAGGGGAUGUGAUGCAUCAAUUCUACUUGAUUCGACUCCAAAUAAUAGUGGAGAAAAAACAGCACUUCCGAAUAGAUCCGUAGGAGGUUAUGAGGUUAUCGACGAUAUAAAGAAGAAAGUAGAACAAGUAUGCCCACAUCAAGUUUCUUGUGCUGAUAUUCUAACCUUGGCAGCCCGAGAUGCUGUUUCAUACCAAUUUGGAAGGUCAAUGUGGCAAGUUCCAACAGGGAGAAAAGAUGGAAGGGUAUCGAUUGCAUCUGAAGCAUUAAAUAAUUUGCCUUCUGGUUUUGCAAACUUUUCCACUCUUUUGGGACAAUUUGAAGACAACAACUUGGACAUUGUUGAUUUGGUCACUUUGUCAGGGGCACAUACAAUAGGAGUAACACAUUGCACAUUGGUUGCUAGAAGACUUUACAAUUUCACAGGAAAGGGUGAUGUUGAUCCUUCAUUGAAUCCCAAUUAUGCUACAGCUUUGAGGAAAUUAUGUCCUAACCCUAUUAAUAGAUCAACUAUACUAGAAUUGGAUCCCAAAAGUUCUUUCUCCUUUGAUAGCCAUUAUUUUGAGGCUCUCAAUCAACAUAUGGGAUUGCUUGGAUCAGAUGCUGCGUUAGUGACCAACUCCCUUUCUGCUCUGAUUGUUAAAAAGAUGCAAAAUCCACAUGUUUUCUUAGCAUAUUUUGGCCGUUCAAUGAAGAAAAUGGGCGGAAUUAGAGUCCUUGUGGGUGGUGAAGGAGAAAUAAGGAAGAAUUGUAGAGUCGUAAAUGCCUGAAUUUCGAUUUUUUUUUAUGUUUGAAUUAGGUAUACAUAUGUUUAAACAAAUGUAUACAUAUAAUAAGAUCAUAUUCAUUCUGAAUCAUCUAAUUUCAAAAAGUUUGCAAGUGUUUUGCAUUUAGGAUUAAGGCAAGGGUUUUCUGGUUCAUAUCAACUCAAUGCUUUUGACGUGAAAUAUAAAUUUAUAUGUAAAAGUACAUUUAUAUUGCGAUAAAUAGUAGGUCUAGAACCAUAAGAUUCAAAAUACAAUGAGAAACGGUUGAACCCGUUGAACUUAAAUCAUGGAUCUGCCCUCUCCAUUUUGUGUAUGACCACUUAGGAUUUGAUCCAAUUCAUAAACUGUUAGUGAAAAACUUAGUAGAUAACAAAAAAUAUAAGAUUAUAAUUAAAAAUAAAAUGAAGAAAAUAAAUUUCUUCAAGGCUGAGGCGCGGAUAUCUCUCUCUUUAAGGUGAUUCAAGCACACUGCAACAAACGUUUUCGAUUCAGCAGUAGUUCUCUUUGACUUGUCCCCUCCAGGAUACAACAACCUUUAAACAAAAAAUAACUCAACAACUCUGGACAAGAGUUGAGUCUAAAGCCCCACAAAAAAGAACAUCUCCCUUCAACUAAUAAGAACUAUAUUUUUAACUAACCUUUUCACUCUAUAUUUUCUCUUGUAUGUUGUGUGUUCCAAACCAAAUGAAAACCACCACACUAUUUAUAUUAUAAGAAGUCUUCGUAGCAAUGAAUAGGAAGAUAAUGGAGAUAGUAAAUAGUGAAGAUAAUGGUCUUAGGAGUUUCAUAGGUUACAUCGAUAGCAAUGAAUAGGAAGAUAAUGGAGGUAGCAAAUGGUGAAGAUAAUGGCCUUAGGAAUUUCAUAGAUUACAUAUGUUAAAAUAAGAGUUACAUAGGUUACAAAGAGUAAUGGAGGAAUUAAGAAUGAAAUAAAGUGAUGGAUAAUCAAUGCUAAUGGAUAAUGUAGAAGUUAUCCAUUCCAACGGUCAUUCUUAUAACUCCAAAAUAAAGCAAUUUAAUAUGUUAAAUAUUACUAUUAAAGUGCUAAUAACCUAACAUAAACAAAAGGUAAGAUCAAAAUUAUAUAAUGUUCACGGUCUGGUUCUGUCAUCGUCUUCUCCUUUUAUACAAAUAAAUCCAAAACAGAAGAAAAAUUAAAAACAGUUGAUCCUAUUAUCGUCGAUACACAAUUCAUUGUUGCGCAAAAAGUGUUCUUCCCAUUUUCCUCCAUCCUUUUGUUU